GCUUUUUUGAUAAUUUUCUUAAAUUGGAUCUUUAAUUAUCUCUCAAAACCACCAAACUAAGUGUGAGUAUCCCGAGUCUUGUCUUGGCUGGCUCACACCUGGUAUUGACGUCGAGAAACGUAAACAUGGCCAGCGAUCUUCCUAUAUUCAUCCCGGCAAGAGUUGUAGAGGAGUACUUUAAUUGCUCCAUUUGUCUGAACACUAUGGUGGAGCCCAAUAUGACAGCCUGUGGUCACCGGUUUUGUAGCAAAUGUAUUACUGAAUGGGUUGACCGUCAUCGCAGCUGUCCUUGUUGCAAUGGUGUCCUUGACAGCACACGCCUUUUCAGAGACCAUCAGUUCGACGGGUUAAUAGAUGUAUGUAAGAAGGAAAUACAAAAUGCAGAAUCAGCAUACUUUGACAGCCUUCUAAAGCCAGAUCAGCAUAUGCCUCCUGCGACUCCAGUGGAAGAGGUACUGAGAAAACAUUUGAAAUCAAGUCUUGCUGCUCAUGAACGGUACUUCCAGGAUCUGAAACAGCAGUUUGAGCGGAAAUCUCAAUGUCUGGAAUUCAAGAUGCGGAAGGAUUUAGAACGUUUGAGGUUGGAUGGGACACCACCUGCUGUGUUGCAGUUAGAAAUCCAGAACUUGGAAGAUGCAUUGCAAGAAAAGAAGGAAGCACUCGAAUCAGACUUGCAGAACUGCUUAAAGUUGGUGGCAGAAGCUUAUGACAGAUAUUUAUCAGAACAUAUUCCAAGUCUGGACAUCCUCCCAGUCAAAGUCACAGUUGUCAUCAAUGACAAGGGUAUACGCUUGCCGGAUAUCGGCCUUUCGCCUGCCGACACGUUGACUGUGAUUCAGACAGCAGUGGAAGAGAUGCUGAAGCAGCGAGGCAAUGAGGUGAUUAGGUGGCAACCAGAUGGAGGCAAAAUUCUGUUGGUCAGCCCUUUGAGCAAGCAAGAAUCAUACAAUGUUCCUGAGAUUUUGUUGGACAUCAGCAUGGGUGGUGAUUCAUUCCCGGGUAUACAGCAGCUGUCCUGGCUAGAUAAGCCUGUCUUACAGUAUCACACAAAAUCAGGCAGUGAACUUAUCCUGCAUGGCUGUAUGGUAUGCCAGAGCGAUCUGCCAAAGGUUUGCUAUGUCCAGACCUACAAGCAGCAAGGUCCAAAGAAGGUUGACUAUUACUCUUGCAGUCAGUGUGGCUUUAACUGGAUCUGUAAAAGUUGCAUUCAAGUUUGCCACAAAGAUCACCCUGUCACUCCUCAUGUGCUGAACCACCAGCCCACAUGGGCAUGCUGCUACUGCCCCAAGAAGAAAACAUGUCAUCUGCUUUUAACUUAACUAUUUGACUAGUCAUCAGUAUUCAGGUUCCUUUGAACUUUGUCCCAGGUUUGAUUUCACAAUGUAUAAACUUUUUUACUAUAAGGACAUGGACUCUGUAAGGUUGCUACAAUCAAGUGAUAUUGCCAACAUAAAGAAUGUUUUACAUUUCUUACCAUUUUAAAUUCUUUGUGCUGGAAAAAAUCUCUCUAAAUUGUACUUGAGUAUUAUGAUGUUUACUGAAUUGUGUAGAGCACCAGUUUGCCUUUCUCUUUAUUCCUACCAUGUAAAACAAGAACAGCCUGGUUUCAUCUAUUACUAAAACUGUGUAACUAGCUUUCUGGUAAACCUAAGUUGUUUUCAAUUGGUAUCGGAUUGUCCAUACCAUAACCAUCCAUGUCCCUUUGUGUGUGUGUGAGAGAGAGAGAGAUAAAGAAAGAGGAUGUAAGAGGUAGAAAUUAAUGUACAGAGGGUCAAUAUAUAUAUUAUCUUAAAAAUAACUGCAAUGUUGGGGGUUUUAAUUGUCCUCACAUGUUUGUUAUGAUACUGUUGUUACAAAGUGUGAAAUAAUGUGGUUAUAACAAAAAAUAUUAAAAUGGUUAUCUUUUA